UAGUGUUGAUGCUUCACUAUUUGAAGCUAGACCUCCAAUCCUCUGUAUCCUCCAAAAAUCCUCUGCAGCUUUUGUAAGAACAAACCUCAGUCCAGCUGACAAGAAAUUGGCCACCACUACUAUCUAAAACUAAAGUAUAGCAAUCUCUUGACUAUCAAGUACUCUUUUCGGCUCAAUUCUCACCCUCGAGAACUGAAAAGGACAUAUCUGUAUGGCUUCAUCUUCAUUCUUUUUGUGGCUACUUUUAUUUGCUGUUGCAUUAGCCGCAGUAGAGUCAAUCCCUGUUUUUGUACCUGGGGCAUACAAAUCUUCUCUUCUGAAGAAACAAGUCAAGAGUGCAAAACCAGAGAUACCAUACGAAGCCCACUAUUUCCCUCAGGUUCUUGACCACUUCACUUUCCGACCCAGGAGCUACAAAAUCUUCUACCAGAAGUAUCUUAUGAACAGCCAGUACUGGCACGAAGGAGCGCCCAUCUUUGUUUAUACGGGAAAUGAAGGAGAUAUUGAAUGGUUUGCAGCAAAUACUGGUUUCAUGCUGGAUAUUGCUCCAAAGUUUCGAGCUCUCCUCGUCUUUAUUGAACAUAGGUUUUAUGGGGAAUCUUUGCCCUUUCACAAGAAAGAUCUCAACUCUGCAAAGACAUUAGGGUACUUGAGUUCACAGCAAGCACUGGCCGAUUAUGCAGUUCUGAUAAGGAGUUUGAAGAGGAAUCUGUCUUCAGAGGCAUCUCCUGUUGUGGUCUUUGGCGGAUCCUAUGGAGGAAUGCUGGCUGCUUGGUUUAGACUUAAAUACCCACACGUUGCUAUUGGAGCUUUGGCAUCUUCAGCCCCUAUAUUGCAGUUUGAUGACAUAACUCCUUGGUCUAGCUUCUAUGAUGCUGUUUCCCAGGAUUUCAAGGAGGCUAGCUUAAACUGCUAUGAGGUUAUAAAAGGUGCUUGGACAGAAUUGGAUGCUUUUGGUAAAAGAAAAGACGGACUGGAAAAGCUCAGCAAGAUGUUCAGAGCUUGCAAGAAGUUGAGUUCAGUAGAUUAUGCUCGGAACUGGUUAUGGUCAGCUUUUACGUACACAGCAAUGGUGAAUUAUCCGAUGGAAGCCAAUUUCAUGAAGCACUUGCCUGCCUAUCCUGUGGAGGAGAUGUGCAAGAUUAUUGAUGGACAUUCCCCUAGAGCAACAAAGCUUAGCAGGGCUGUUGCAGCAGCAAGUUUGUAUUACAACUACUCCAAGACAGAAAAAUGCUUCAAGUUGGAAGACGAGGAUAAUGAUCAUGGCCUGCAAGGCUGGAAUUGGCAGGCAUGUACAGAAAUGGUUAUGCCAAUGACAUGCUCCAAUGGAAGCAUGUUUCCCCCAUCUCCCUACAGCUACAAGGAGUUUGCUGAUGAUUGCAGCAGACAAUUUGGAGUAUGGCCUCGGGAACAUUGGAUCACUACUGAAUUCGGUGGCAUGAGGAUUAACCUGGUGCUGAAAAGAUUUGGCAGUAAUAUCAUAUUUUCCAAUGGGAUGCAAGAUCCAUGGAGCAGAGGCGGCGUGCUGAAGAACAUAUCAUCCAGCAUUGUGGCAUUAGUAACUGAGAAAGGAGCACACCAUGUUGAUUUUAGGUCUGCAACAAACAAAGAUCCAGAGUGGCUCAUCGACCAAAGGAGGCAAGAAGUGGAGAUUAUCCAAAAGUGGUUACAGGAGUAUUAUGCAGACAGCAAGCAAGACUAGAUAUAGAGUUCUGGGGAUAAAGCAACAUAUUGUCAUGUCUAAAUUUUGGUUAUUGGAAAGAUGCACUUCAUCCUAAAGAUGUUUGGCUCAAAAGAAAUACUCCAAAGGAGUGAUUUGUUCGGCAGAAGGACCAUACAACGUUAAUUGGAUGUUCUUGAAUGAGAAUGAGGCACCAGAAUGAAUUGAACCUUUUUUUUUUGGAAUGAAUUGAACUUGUUUUUAUAA